GUGGCGCCUCCGUCCGCCAGCAGGUGGUGUGUCCGUCGCUGCCGCGCAUUCCUAACGGCGCCGUCGUGGCGCUCGACAACAGCCUAGCGUACGGCAGCCGCGUGCAGUACCGCUGCGAGCGAAGCUAUCGCCUCAUGGGUGGCGUCUCGAUCAGUAAGAAAAAAUGGCUGACCACCGGCUCCCAGACCCUGCUCGCCUCGAACCUGACGAACGCGGUCGCGAUCGACUUUGACUGGACGGACCGGCGCAUCUACUGGUCCGACGUUACGACCGUGGGAAGCCACAUCUACAGCAUGAGCUUCGACGGCAGCGACCACAAGCUGCUGCACCAGACUCCCGUCGUCCACAACCCGGACGGCCUCGCUGUGGACUGGAUCGGUCGCAACCUGUACUGGUGCGACAAGGGUACGGACACGAUCGAGGUGUCACGACUAGACGGCAAGCAUCGCAAGGUGCUCAUCAACUCAGGUCUGACGGAGCCACGCGCCAUCGUAGUGAACCCCAACGCCGGCCUGCUGUACUGGACGGACUGGGGAGAGACUCCCUACAUCGGGCGCGUCGGCAUGGACGGCGCCGACGUUGCCUACGUCGUCACGGAAAACCUCGGCUGGCCGAACGCGCUCACCGUCGACUACGUGACCGACCGCCUGUACUGGGGCGACGCGCGCGGCGACUACUUGGGGACGGCUGACGCGCACGGGCGGCGGCGGCGAAUGCUGCUCGCGCACGGCGUCCACCACGUGUUCGCGCUGACGCUGUUCGAGAACGACGUCUACUGGUCGGACUGGGAGACGAAGAUGCUGCACGCGGCGAGCAAGACGACGGGGAGGGAGGCGCGUAACGUCACGCUGAUGGUGCACCGCCCGAUGGAUCUGCAGAUACUGCACCCGCUGCGCCAGCCACCGC